AAACAAAUUCAAAAUGUUCAAAUCAGCUAUUGUUGUAUUCGCCAUUGUUGCUUGUGUAUCAUGUGCACCAAAACCAGAAGCUAAACCAGGAGUUUUAGCACCAGUUGUAGCAGCACCAGUAGCAGCACCAUUAGUUGCUGCAGCACCAGCUGCCUAUGUAACAGCAACCAGUUCUCAAGUGAUUGCUAGGAAUUAUAAUGGUUUAGCUGCACCACUUGUAGCUGCUGCCGCUCCAUAUGCAGUUGCACCAGCCUAUGCACCAUACGCUGCAGCACCAUAUUUUGCUUCCCCAUACGCUUACGCACCAGCUUAUUCACCAUACACCGCUGCUCCAGUACUCGUUUAAUAUAGACUUUGAAAGAAGAGCCAUUGAAUCGUUUUUAUAUGUACAUAAUACUUUUAUGUUAAAAUAAAAGGACUGUUAUGCAUUA